CCUUAAGAGCUUGGGCAUGAGUUCCGAUUGGCCAAUCCCGCUGCCAAUCACACGCCCCUCUUCUUUAAAUAGCGUUCACGGCCCGCCGUUCACUCAGAUGAUAAGAACCAGUGGCAGGCGACGGAGUGAUGCGCAAAAACGCGCUCGUGCCAGUGUAAAAACUGUGACUUCCUACAUCUCCGCUAGACUGCAAAAUGAAAUGAUUUCAACAUCUGCCGGGGACUCAUGCUCCUAUUUUUCCUCUCCCGCGGAGAUGCCCGCAUGUUACAGGGACCUGUGCGGAGGAGCAAGUAACUUUGCCAAUAUGCCCUAUUGGACAUUGCCAUUACACACAGGAGAGUCCUAUGGAAUAUAGUCCGCACUGUCACUCCACUCAGCCGGUGAAAAACAAACUUUUCGUGUUCUGCAUCAUGCUGUCACUGUGGGUGUACAUGCUGUACUGCUGCGUGGGCUACAGCUCCACCUCACCGAGCUUCAUGAUGGAAGAAAGGAGCAGUAGGAAUCCACUCAGACCCCUCCAGAAACAAGACCUGGAGAUGUUCCCCAAAAGCCAGUCCAGGGACUUACUAAACAACGAGAGUGAUGCUGACAGCAAAGGAGACGGCUGGGAGGAAAAUAAGGGCGAUGUUGCUUAUGACGAGGACUCGGGAGUAGCAGGUGCCCUGAACGGGUCCGAGACCAAAAAGUUGCCCCAAGCGAUUAUAAUAGGGGUGAAGAAGGGCGGGACGCGCGCGCUGCUCGAGUUUCUGCGCCUCCAUCCUGACAUCCGCGCGGUGGGAGCGGAGCCGCACUUUUUUGAUCGCAACUACGAGAAAGGACUCGAGUGGUACAGGGAACUAAUGCCCAAAACUGAGGAGGGUCAGCUGACCAUGGAGAAGACACCAAGCUACUUUGUAACCAAGGAGGUCCCAGGCCGGAUCCACGCCAUGUCCAAGGACACUAAGCUGAUAGUUGUGGUUAGAGACCCAGUAACCCGGGCGAUCUCGGACUACACGCAGACCCGCUCAAAGAAACCCGACAUCCCGUCCUUUGAGAGCUUGACUUUCAGAAACAUCACAGCCAAUCUAAUAGACACCUCGUGGAGCGCGCUGCAGAUCGGCAUGUACGCCAGGCAUCUGGAGCAGUGGCUGCAGUUCUUCCCCAUGAGCCAGCUGUUGUUUGUGAGCGGGGAGCGUCUGAUCAGCGACCCGGCCGGGGAAAUGGCCCGCGUACAGCACUUCCUGGGCCUGAGGAGGGAGGUCACGCACAAACACUUUCACUUUAACCCCGCCAAGGGCUUCCCUUGCCUCAAAAGACCUGAAAGCAACAGCAAACCGCACUGCCUCGGCAAAACUAAAGGCCGCACGCAUCCAAACAUCCAUCCUGAUGUGAUUCAAAGACUGCGAGAGUUUUACAAGCCAUUUAACAAAAAGUUCUAUCACAUGACCGGCCAUGACUUUGGCUGGGACUGAUUUUAUUAGUUUUUGGGAAGACAUUUUUUGAAAAUAAUGAAUUGUAAAAAGUAUAGAACUCUAUUUUAUAAUAAUUUAUUGAAAAUAAUAUACUCACUCGGCUGCCUAUCUGUUGUUGUACGUACAGUACUGCGAGUUUCUACCUUUUACAUUCCGGUCAAAUCUGUAAGCUUGAUAUUUUGUCUUUUCUAAUGGGAAAAAUUUUGAUUUAGGAGAGGGGAUGUUUGACAAAGGAAAAUAGCACAAUGAAACUAAUUACGGGUAUAUGAUGAGUCAUUCCAGUUGCAUAACAGGCCCCAAUUUUUGCUUUAGUAAACAUUAUCUACCGUUUUUUGUUUUUUUUGAGGAUUCCAGCAUGUCAUCCUUCAUUUUAAAGGGUCAUUAUUUAGUCUCAGCUGUUCCAAAGCCACAUUUUGUGGAUCAAUACUCAUAAAGAAUUGUCAAUUAUGUCAGAAAAAUGAUGUUUGGGACACCAGCUGUUUAACUUGAUUUAAGAAAAUUGAAUUUUCUACAUCAGCAUUACACGGGAAGUCUGUGAAGACGGAUGUUUGAACUGUGUUGGAUUCUCUGUUACAAAAGUCUGAGACUGUCUUUAUAAUUCUCAAGAAGAGAAAGGCAACGCAACGCAGCUCGACAGAAAUGUACACACAUCUCUGUCUAUAUAAUGACUUCAUGUUACUGUAAGAUUUUGCAUGAAAGUUGUCAUGAAAUGUUUUUCUUAACAAAAUAAUCUAAAGGGCCUUUUCAGUAUGAAUAUGAAAUGGAUAAGUUCAGUUCACUCAUUUCAUACCUUACAGGAAUUGCAAAAAGGGAAAGUGAAAUUUCCCUAGUCAUGAUUAUUAUUCAUAGCUACAUCAAUGGUUGAGUUUUAUUCAACCCUUAUUGUGUACUUUCAAAUGCUGUUGUUUUUAUAAUGAAUCCGAUGAAAAUGAGUUCAACAUGAUUGUACGCUUGUUUCUUUCCAACUUCAGACCAAACAGUCCUGUCAGAGGUGCGAGACACUGAGUAUUUCUGUGCUGUGAAGAAAUAAAUCUAUUUUUACC